AUGGUUUUGCUUACCACCAUUAGAAACUUUUUUACCGUCAUCGGAGACUUUAUCAAAGACUUUGUAUGGCUUGGGUCUUCUGAAGCCGAGCCUGUUUCAGUUAGAGUGCCCAAGAGAUGGUUCAAGCUGAUUUUAAUGCUAGGCGUUGCUGGUUACUUUGUCUGGAAAUGUAUUCAGCUGGCAAGCACCGAAGUAUCUGUAAGCACUUCUCGGGACAAAAUUGAUUCAAUCCCGAUGCCUAAAUUCAGUUCCGAUUAUAACUUUACAAUCGUUUGCUACACAGUACAUAUGGACUAUUCCAUUAAUGUGCUACCCGCUUUUGGUCCAGAUAAAAUUGACACCGCCAACAGAUAUGUGGCAAGAUUCGAACAAGGUUUAAAUUUUGGAAUCCCGAGUACCAAGUUUGAUGAGACGCUGAGUAGUAUUGAAUUUGAUAUUACUAUGCAAGAUCAGUUUUAUUCAAUUAGCAGUUCAGAUGCUCGAGUACAAGUGAACUUGUUUGAUCCCAACGCGGAAGAAAUUUACAACUCACCGGGAGACCAGCCAGAAGUCGUGUCUGAUUAUGUGGCCACGUUGUUUAACGCUAAUCUAUACAAUAUAGCUAAAGGCUUUAACUCCGAUAUCGGCAUGGAGCGCUCUUUCCGUAAGGUCCUCCUUCCAGAUGCACGGAAUAUCAUUGUUGGACAGGCUACUUACGCUGACAUAAACCUGCUGGCGACCAGAAUCGCUCCGGCUCCGCUUAUUACUUCCGAUAACACAAUUUAUGCGGUUGUCACUGUCCACCCCACGUCUUAUAUAGUUAGAACGGAAACUGAAAAUUCUAACUUGUCACUGCUAGACGUAUUAAGUGCGGUAGGUGGUAUAUAUGGUACGGCAAUGACAUUCUAUGUAAUACUAUUUGGCGCUGACAGAGUGGGAGCGCCUUGGGGUUUGUACCAAAUAAUACCUCUCGUCAAAAGGGAUGUCAGGAAGGAACUUGUUGUGCUAGCAGAAGCCGGUCUAUUCAAAGGUUCGUUAAUCCAUAAAGCCGGUGCGAAUCCAGAAACAAGCAAUGAAGAAAUCCCAGAGAAAGAAGAUGUAAAGCAGCCACCAGGAACAGUUAAUAGAUCAAAUGUCUUGUCUUUAGAAGAAAAACAAGCUGCAAUGGAAGAAAGACAAACUAUAAUGGAAAACAGACAAAUUGCACUUGAAGUUUUUUUGAAAGAUUACGUUUUAGAAGUAGAUUAUUUUUAUGAGGAAUAG